CAAUUAUACAGCUCUAGAGAAUCAAGAAAAUUAUUAUACCCAUUAAGAUGAAACCGUACCUACGUCCAAUAUUCCUAUUAUUCCUUAUCCUUCUCCACCAAUCCAUUUCGGCGAGUGCUUCAAAUAGUAGGUUUAUAGAAUUCUUUUCAAAAUUAAAGAAUUCUUUUAAUCCUAAGUCUGAAGAACUCAAAUCAAAAGAUAUAAAGAAGCUCCCGAGCGUCGAAUAUUUGAAGAAGAUACAUGAGGGAGUUAAGGACUUAUCUCAAGAUUUAUUUAUCCCGAAAAUCCCGUUUCUCAACCCGAAAAACCCGAAACUCCCAAGAAUCCCGCUAUUUAAAUCUCCCCCACCGCCAAUGUACCGUUUACAACUAAAGUCCGAUCCCCCACCGCCAGACUACCGUGUACAACUAAAGUCCGAUCCCCCAGCGCCAAAUGCACCACCGAAGCAAAUCAAUAUUAAGGGCCUGUCCGUCGUCAAAGAUUACUUAUCUGACUACGGCUACAUUGAAUCCUCUGGGCCAUUUACCGAUUCUUUCGACCAGGAAAUAAUAUCAGCCAUUAAGACCUACCAGAAUUUUUCCAAUCUUCAAGUUACCGGCGGCCUGAACAAACAGCUUAUUCAGCAAAUGUUGUCCAUACGAUGCGGUGUCCCCGACGUUAACUUCGACUACAACUUCACCGACGACAACAUUUCCUAUCCCAAAGCCGGACACCGCUGGUUCCCAAACAGAAACCUCACAUACGGUUUUCUUCCCGAAAACCAAAUCCCAGACAACAUGACUAAGGUGUUCAGAGAUUCCUUUGCGAGGUGGGCCCAAGCCUCGGGGACUUUGAGUCUCACGGAGACAACCUACGACAACGCCGACAUCCAGGUAGGGUUCUACAACUUCACUAACUCGAGGAUUGAAGUGUAUGGUGGCAGCCUUAUAUUUUUGCAACCGGAUUCUAGUAAGAAAGGGGUGGUACUUCUGAACGGUAACAUGGGCUGGUUACUUCCAAGUGAAAACGCCACACUGUCUAAAGAUGAUGGAGUUUUGGACUUGGAGACUGCGGCGAUGCACCAGAUAGGGCAUCUACUUGGACUUGAUCACUCUCACAAAGAGGACUCUGUUAUGUAUCCUUACAUAUUGUCAUCACAGCAACGAAAGGUGCAGCUUUCCAAUUCUGACAAGGCCAACAUUCACCAUCAGUUUGGUAAGCAUGAUUAGGAUGUUCUCUGCUGCCAAACUCGCAUGACUCAGCAAGCCACGGUGGGGGUUUGGAUGUGCUUUUAGUUACCACUUUCUCUCUUGGAUUUGCUUACGUAUUGCUCCUUUUGUAUUAGUCGUUCCUGUCCCACCUUGCUUUUGGAAUUAUGAGCUUUUUAUAUUUCUGAUUGUUCAAUGUUUAUUGUAUGUGCUCCCCAACCUGUGGUGACUUUUCGGUUUAUUCUCACGUGGCUGUUUCUUAUAGGCCUUUCGACCUCCAAUAUUAAAUAAAAGAUCAUUUUGAGCUUUCUAAUUUUAA